AUGAAUGUUUCGGCGUUACCGGCUAGGGAUCCAUACAAGACUGCAAAGAGAUCUGAGAAGCCGCCUGAUGCCUGCACACCCGUCGUAUUGAAGAGAAGCCCAGCCGAAAACACCAAAGGGAAGGACGAGAAAGCUCAUUGUGGAGACACUAAGCCGAAUAAAAGGUCCAAGAUAACUACUAGUGGAGAGGGAGGUGCAGAAGUGAAGAUGAAGAAAAGCUCGCGAAAAGGUGUGACUUCCGCUGAGAAAGAUCAAGUGAAAAAGCCAGAAAAAGGAGGGAUUGUCGCGGAUGGUAGAAUCAAACCCACGAAGAAAAAGACUCUUGACGGAAGCAAAGAGGAUAAUAAGAACCAUCCAAGAUCGCGUUCGAAAGAACCUAGCGCUGAGGGUGACAAGAGCAGAUGUCAAGGAAGAAGAAACUCCAAGAGUCACUCAAGUGACGAGAAGAACAACAACAAAGUAAAAAGGAAAUCCAAAGAACGUGUCUCUGAUGGUGAAAAAGGCGGUAAUUUGCGGCUGAAAAGGCACACGAAAGAAAAUGCUGAAGAAAAUGAUUCUGCCAGGGAAAGGCGGAGAGCAGCGAUGCUCAAGAUGACAAGGACAUACACUGAAGAAGAAGAUGAAGACAAGAAUACGAAAUCAAAGUUGAAGAAGAUUGCACGACGAUUUAUGACCACUGAAGAGGAUGAUGUACGUCAAAGCGUUCAGUAG